AUGAAGGCCAACGAGAGCGCCUACGCCACCGCAAAGCGGCAUGGUCCUCAGAUCAGUCAGGUACCUAGAUAUCAAGAACUUGGCCAGUUUGAAAGCAGCAGCAGCCAUAUCGCCGCGCAAGUUGACAGUGGGAAAAGGCCAUGGAGUGUCAAAGUCUUCUGGUCCCAAGCCGAAGUGCUGACCUACUGCAAGUGCCUGCGCGACGAAGACAUCGCUGUGAGUACGAAAAUGCUCAUUGUCAAGGCAUUGAGCAUCAAGAUGGCCGGCCGAAGGUUCCUCCCUUUUGGUACCUUGGUGAAUGUUCCGAUGGAUCGUUUGGUCAACAUGGACGAAACACCAGUAUACUUCGAACCCAAGUUGCACACAACAAUUUCGAAGAAGGGCUCGAAGACUGUGUCGGCUCGCGUGUGCUCGUCCCACAAUCCUCGGGUGUUCGUGUGCUUGGCCGUGACAGCCACCGGAGAGAAGUUGCCACUGUACGUUAUGUUUCAGGGGGUCCCGGGCGCCCGGAUCGAUUCGUCCUUGGAGAAGAUUAUGCCCCCAACAUGUUUGGUGGUCCAUAAGGACGGCUUUAACAAUACCAGCGUUUCGUUCGGAGCGUUGCCGCUGGUAUUUGCUCGGGGAGGUGCGGUAGUCCUCUACAACGGUGGCAAUCUUGUUCGCAAAGUCUUCUUUCUUCUUCAGCAAGCGCAAAGGGAGGAAGCCGACGUGGUAUGCUUUCUCGCUGACAACAAGGCGGAACACCUUGAGAACCUCUUCCAGGUUCCCACUUUCGCCUUGUACGUCAAGGCGGCAACCAACCAGGUCGUCGACUGUAAGGCUAUCCCCACAUAUGUCAUGGCAGCCUUCAGCUCCAUGAGUCGACACGCACACAAAUACUCGUGA